CUUCUGGACCGGGAUUCAGACGACAGGACCCCUCCAUCCGACCUGGAACAUGUGCACAUUUAAGCUGCAGAGCAACUCCUCACAGACCCGCCACAAAAGGAUUCAAUUCCUUCUCUGAGCUACGGGCUUCUUCUUGGUGAUGUGUCUGUAUUUAGGGAUUACGCGUGCACCGCUGGACGUAUAAUCGUUGAAAUACUUUGCCAAAUCUUUCUUUCUUUCUUUGUCUGCACUGCCACCCACCGAGAAAGCUGCUGAACAUCACUGUAGCGGGGGGACUGCCGUACCCUCGUCUGGCAUCUUUAUUAUGGUUGCGUUUGGGCUCUUGCGUGCCUUGUUUCGUUAUUCCUGCGCACAAAUCCAUCUCAUCUGACUUUGCUGGAGAGCGGGAUGUGUGAGUGAUGGCGAUCAAACCCUAUCAGGAGUUGUCUUCUGCACGUUUGUACCUGUCCCGGCAGAUGGUGGCAGUUUGUGCCACAGAUGAAUGAAUGAGUGAAUGAAUGAAUACUUGCACGGUUUAUCCGAACAGGGAGAGCGUUGAUGCUGUUUUCUGACUGUGGCAUUACAGUUCCUCCAAUCUAAACAAUGGAUCUCAAAGUGGAAGCAGAAGAAAUGGACUCAAAUCGCCCUCCACCCAUAGAAGUUUUUGCGCACAGCUCGACGCUGCACGGAAUCUCCCACAUCUUGACCUACGAGCGCAGCGGCAUCAAGCGCUGCCUGUGGCUCGUCUGCUUCUUGGGCUCUCUGACCUUCUUGCUGUACGUGUGCGUCGACCGGAUCCACUUUUACCUCGAGUACCCGCACGUCACCAGACUGGAUGAGGUCGCGACCCCGAUCAUGACGUUCCCCGCCGUCACCUUCUGCAACCUGAACGCGUUCCGCUUCAGCCGGGUGACGCGCAACGACCUGUACCACGCAGGGGAGCUGCUGGCCCUGCUCAACCAGAGGUAUGAGAUCAGGGACAUACACCUUGUGGAGGAGAGCGUUUUGGAGAGCCUGAAAGUCAAAGCGGACUUCCACAAUUUCAAGCCGCGACCUUUCAACAUGCGGGAGUUCUACGACCGCACAGGCCACGACAUCAAAGACAUGCUGCUGUCCUGCCACUUCCACGGCACCGAGUGCAGACCAGAAGAUUUCAAAGUGGUUUUCACUCGCUAUGGGAAGUGCUACACCUUCAACGCUGGUGGUGAUGGACGCCCCCCUCUCAUCACCACCAAAGGAGGGAUGGGAAAUGGACUGGAGCUCAUGCUGGACAUCCAGCAGGAUGAAUACCUGCCAGUCUGGGGAGAAACAGAUGAGACAUCGUUUGAAGCUGGGGUCAAAGUUCAGAUCCACAGUCAGGACGAGCCGCCUUUCAUUGACCAGCUUGGCUUCGGGGUGGCACCGGGCUUCCAAACGUUUGUUUCCUGCCAAGAGCAGCGGCUGAUAUAUCUCCCCCCACCAUGGGGUGACUGUAAAGUGACGCCCAUGGAUUCGGACUUCUUUGACAGCUACAGCCUCACGGCCUGCCGCAUUGACUGCGAAACACGAUACCUGGUGGACAACUGCAACUGCCGCAUGGUGCACAUGCCUGGAGAUGCACCUUACUGCACCCCUGAGCUGUACAAGGAAUGUGCUGAUCCAGCUCUCGAUUUCUUGGUUGAACAAGACAAUGACUACUGUGUGUGUGAGGCGCCGUGCAAUAUGACCAGAUACAGCAAAGAGCUGUCCUUCGUCAAGAUCCCGAGCAAGGCAUCUGCAAAAUAUCUUGCAAAGAAAUACAACAAAUCUGAGCAGUAUAUAAAGGAGAAUAUCCUGGUUAUAGACAUCUUCUUUGAGGCCCUGAACUAUGAAACAAUUGAGCAGAAGAAAGCUUAUGAAGUUGCUGGACUUUUAGGGGAUAUUGGCGGUCAGAUGGGGCUCUUUAUUGGCGCAAGCAUACUAACUAUUCUGGAGAUAUUUGACUACCUUUAUGAGGUGAUAAAGUACAAGCUGUGUCGCUGCUCCGCUAAGAAGCACAAACACAACAACAACAACGACCAGGGGGCGGUCCUGAGCUUGGGCGAUGUCAAGUGUCACGUCAGUAACUUUCACUGAGGCCCUGCGGCCUGCGAGCCGCCGGCAUCGUCCUGGACUUCCCCAGCAGCAGAGGACGUGUGAGAACUGUGGCCGGUGAAGGUUUGGGAGAGACGGGCUGAACUCAGACACGCUGCCGGAGUAAGUGGACGGCUGGACCGACGACAGAUCAGCAGAGACCAGCGAUCUACGUGUUCAAUAACUGCAUGGUCAUCUGUAAAACACCUUUUCAAGACAUCAUCAUCAUCGAUCCAGUAAAUAAUGUGACUUAGAUGGAGGUUCAUGUGUGUUCGGUGAAGCGGCACUCGCGUGGGAUUUGUAACCUGUCAGUUUGAUCAUGCUUCAUGUGGAUUAUUGUUUAGCAGAAAAUGUUCCCGGUCCUGCACCCACUCUGUCAGCUUUAUUGCCUUUCUCACCAGCUUAUCAUCUUUAUAUUCAUGCCAUCCAUCGUCAUCUGAGCACUGUCUUCCCUGGUUAGACUCAUUCUUUGCAUCCUGCCAAUACACUGUACUACCUCAUCUCUCAGUGCCACGAAAAUUUAUGAACCAAGAAUACUGACCAACAAAAAAAGACCUUUAGAGAAGUGUGUGUGUUGGGGGGGAGUAACUUUGAAAUUAAUGGCGUGCACGGGCUCUUUUCACAGAAGAGAGUCUGAACAGAGUUAAGAAGUUUGGUAUCUUCUUUGGCAUCGUUG